AUGGCUUCAGAAGAACCUCCCGUGUAUACCCUCGCUGAGGGUAUGCCAGUCCGAGACCCAACGUCAUCCGUCAUCCUCAAAGGACCCAGAGGCGGUCUUGGUCUUUUAGCCGAUACCCAACUCAUCGAGACUCUCGCUCACUUCCCCCGAGAGCGUAUCCCCGAGAGAGUCGUCCAUGCCAAAGCCGCAGGCGCAUGGGGAACAUUCGAAUGCACCCACGACAUAACAUCCUGGUGUUCCGCCGCCCCCUUCCGCCGCAUCGGCAAACAAACCCCCGUCCUAGCCCGCCUCUCCACCGUCGCCGGCGAAAAGGGAUCUUCCGAUACCCUCCGUGACAUCCGUGGCUUCGCCCUCAAGAUGAAAACAGAGGAAGGAAACUGGGAUUUUGUAGGGAACGACUUGCCUGUUUUCUUCAUCCGUGAUCCUGCCAAGUUUCCUUCACUGAACAGAUCGCAUAAACGUCAUCCGCAAACUGCUGUUGCGGACGCGAGUAUGUUUUGGGAUUUUCAUAAUCAUAACCAAGAAGGCGCGCAUUGUCUCAUGCAGCUUUUUGGACCGAGGGGUGUCCCUGCUUCAUUGAGGAAUGUAAAUGGUUUUGGAAAUCAUACGUUCAAAUUUGGUAAGCCCGAGGAUGGAUCGUACAAGUAUGUCAAGAUCCAUUUCAAGCCUGAUGACGGUAUCAAGAAUCUGUCGCAAGAAGAUGCUGUUCGUCUUGCUGGAGAAGAGCCAGAUUAUCACGUCAAGGAUAUGUACAACGCCAUCGAAAAAGGUGACUAUCCAUCCUGGACAAUGAUGUUGCAGGUCAUGGAUCCUAAGGAAGCAGAGACGUACAAGUGGAACAUCUUCGACAUCACCAAGAUCUGGCCGCACAAGGACUAUCCUCUCAUUCCUGUUGGAAAACUCACAUUGAACAAGAAUCCGGAUAAUCACUUUGCAGAAAUCGAGCAGGCUGCUUUUUCGCCGUCGACUCUGAUUCCUGGAAUUGCGCCGUCGGCUGAUCUUAUGCUUCAUGCGAGGAUGUUUAGUUAUCCCGACGCAGCGAGGUAUCGCGUUGGGCCGAAUUAUCAGCAGUUGCCUUGUAAUCGGCCUUUGGAUACUUAUUCGCCUUAUCAGCGUGAUGGACCGAUGAGAUUGGAUGGGAACUAUGGGUCCGACCCUGAUUAUGUGCGCUCUUCAUUCCGCAAAGUCAAGAGUGGUCCUGCGGACGUCGCCCAUAGUGAAUGGCUUGGCAAAGUACAAGCCUACUCUUCCGAGGUCACAGAUGAGGAUUGGGAACAACCGCGUACUCUGUGGAAGAUGUUCAAGGAUAAGGGCGAAGAUGAAGUCUUUUUGAACAACCUUUCUGGCCAUGUCAAUAAGGCACUUCCUCGAGUUCAGAAGGAGACAGCUGAAAUGUGGAGGAACGUUGACCCAGAGAUUGGUGAUCGAUUGGAGGAGAAAUUGAACAAGAUGAACGAGAAUGUUGAUCAUUCUAAGGCGCCUCCUAGUCAGAGAGUCUUGGCCGAGCGUAUGAAGUGA